AUGGAAUUAAGGAAAAAUAAAAAAAAUAAAUUAUAUAGUAAUGAUGAUCAAUUAAAAAAGAAAUUACAAGAAAAUAAUAAGGAAUAUGAUAGUUUAAAAAAUUUGCUUGUUUAUAAUGAAUCGGAAGGAAAUAAAUAUUCAGAUUCUAAUUCUAACAUUAUAAGUAAUACAUAUGAAAAUAUUUAUGAAGAUUUUUCUUCCAAUUAUGAUGAUAGUUCAUAUAAAUCUAAUGAUGACUUAACUGAAUUUUAUUUAUAUAAUGAAAUAAGUAAUCAUAAAUAUAAUAAUAAUUUAUAUGAUUUCUAUUUGAGUAAAUUCAAUAGUAAUAUUGAAGAAAAAAAUAAAUUAAAUGAGUCUAAUUUAAGCUUUAUUAAUCAAAUACCAUAUAUAAUAAAAAAAGAAAGCUAUAAUAAAAGUGAAAGGAACAAAAGCAAAAAUGUAAAGAAGUUUGAAAAAAAGGAAUAUGAGAAAAGUAAAGAAAUGUGCCAUGUAAAAGAUAGUUAUGAAGACAUUUAUAACUAUGAUAAUAAAGAAAAUGAAAAUAAAGAGAAUGAAAAUCUAUCUGAAUUAAAAAAAAAAGAUAAUAUAUCAUGUAAUUCAUUAAAAAUAAAUGAAAAUAUUGUAAUGAAAAAGGAAAAUGUAAAAAAAGGUGAUGCAGAAAAAAAUGACAAAUUAGAAAUAGAAGAAAAAGCAAAUAUUGAUAAUGUGUAUUUCAAUACUUUAAUAAAUAAGUGUAAUUACACUGUUUCAUGUUAUAUGUAUAAAAAAACUAAUGCUACACAUAUUUAUAGAAAAAAAAUAUUAGUUUUAAAAAAAAAUUUUUUAAUUAUAAAUAAAUUUAAACAUAAUAUCAAUAAUAUGCAUAAAGGUAUACAUAGAGAUAUUUAUGAUAUAUCGUAUUCUAGAUAUAGUAAAAUUUAUAAGAAUUCAAAUAACAUUUAUAAAUUUAGCUUAUAUGCAAGGAGAUUAAGUAAAAAUAAUACAAGUUCCAAUUCAGAUAAUAGCAAUUUUUUUUCUUUAAAAAAAAAGAAAAAAAAGAAAAAAAAUAAUUAUAAAAUAUCGAAAGAUGAAUACAAUUUUAACAAUGAACAAAUUCGCUUAGCUAAUCAUAAUUUAAAUAUAAUUUUAGAAUUAAUAAAUUUAAUGAAAAUUGUUUCCAUAUAUGGUUCUUUAAAAAAAUAUAUUAAAGUGGUAAUUUAUAAAUACACAAAAAAUUUAUUUUUAAAAAAUUAUGAAAUAUAUUGCAACACACCAAAGUAUUUUAUAUUACUAAAAAAAUUUUAUAAUUCUAUAAAUAGAAGUGUUUAUAAUUAUAUUUAUGUAAAUAUAUUAAAAAUUAAAAACAUUGAACAAUUAAAAUAUAAUUAUAUAUAUGCAAUUAUUGAUGUGGAUAAUUUUUUGUAUUAUUAUAAAUAUGAAUAUAAUAAAGAUAUGUUUAUACCACUAUUUUCUGAUAGACAAAAUAAAAUUAGUUUUAAUUUUUACACAGAUUAUAACUUAUAUUUAGGAUACUUUAUAAUUUACAGCUAUGAAAUUGAAAAACAUAUAAAUUUUAAUUUAAAUAGAAGUAUUGAAUUAAAUUUAAAUAAUUAUCAAAAUGAUUCUUUUUUAUUAAAAAAAGAAAAAAAAAAUGCUUCAACACAUAGUACAACAUCAUCUAACAAAACGGAAAGUUUAUUUGAUUCUUUUGAUAAAUCAGAUUUUAAUUUUAAUGGUUCUUCUUUAUUAAAUCAGAAAAAUAUUAUUUUUGAUAAAAAUUAUUUUUUUGUAAGAAAAUUAUAUAAUGAUCAAAAAAAACACAUUCAAAAAAAUAGUAAAUAUAUAUCCAAUUCUAAUGAUAAUAUAAAUAUCCAUUUAUUUAUAUAUAAAAGUAAAAAUAGAUUUGAAUAUUUAUUACCAUCAAUAAAUACAACUGAUUUAUUAUGUGAUGAAGAUAAUUUAUAUAUAUCAAGUAAUAAUAUAAAUAAUAACUAUCAAUUAAUUAAUUUAUUUUUAAAUAAUAUUAAAAGGACUAUGCAAAUAAAAAAUAAAUUUAAUUACUUUUUGGAAAAAAUAAAUAAUAUAUUAGAAUUUAAAAAUUUUCUUGUUUCUGUUAUUUCAAUAUUUUAUAUAUUUUUUUGUUCUUAUUAUAAAAAUUACAUACAUAUAAUAAUAUUAUUAACAAUUUUAUUUAUUUUGUUGAUAAAUAAUGAUAAAAAUUAUGAUUUUUAUAAAAAUCUUUUAUAUGAAUUCCCUAUUUUAUAUUUAUUUUUUCCUUAUAAAUUAUUAUAUAAAAUAUCUAAAAAGUCUGAUUUAUAUCAUUUACAUACAUUCCUUCAUAUUUUUCUUUUAAAUAAAUUUCCAACAUUUUUUCAAUAUCUUUAUAAAUAUUACAAAUAUAAAUGCAUUUACUUUUUUGUUUAUUCUCCUUCCUAUUUUAACAAGUAUUAUAAUAAUUAUUUUUUUUUUAAGACUAAUAAUGAUAUAGAUAAAAUGAAAUUAUCUGCUGGAAGAAUGAGUAAAAUAAAAAACAAAAAAAAAAAAAGUAAUAGUGAAAUUUUCAAUCAUAAAUUAACAGAAGAAAAUACCAUUGAUAGUAAGAAAAAAAUAAAUAGUAUGAAUAAUUUAAUAAAAUUAAGUUCGAACUUUUAUAUAAAUAACCAUUACGUAAAUAUUCAUUGUAAAACUAAUGGAUAUAAUAGUAAGUAUGAGAACUGUUAUAAUUUAAAUAAACAAAAUGAAAUUAAUAAAGAUAAGAGUAAUGAAAAUGAAAUUGAUAACAAAAGAGAUGAACAAAAUAAAACUAAUAAGAAUGAGAGUUGUCAAAAUAAAAUAAUUAAUGACUAUAAAUCUGAUAAAAAAAAUAUUUCUAAUAUGAAUAGUGCAUUAAGUGAAAAUGACAAUGGAAAUAAUAUCAAUAAGAAGAAUAACAAUCAGAACAAAAACAAUAAAAAUGAAGAAAAUAUUAAUGAUAAAAUUUUAAACAAUUUACGUAGAUAUUUUAAAAAUAAAAGUUUAAAUAAUAUUUAUACAAAAGGGAAAAUAUUAAGAGGAAUCAUAGAAACAGGUAAUAAUGAUAUUAAUUCCAUGUCAGAUGUUGAAAAAAAAAAAAACAUUGAAAAUGUUAAUAGCUUAUAUGAAGAGCAUAUAAAUGAUAAACAUUUGAAAAACAAUAAAGUCACUCAUAUAAUUAAAAAUGAUAAGAAAGACAAAAUAGAAAGUUUUAAUUUAAAUAAAAAGAAAAAUUCAGAAUUUCGAAAUAUUUUAAAUAAUUCUUAUGAAUUUAACGAUUAUAGAAGAAUAAAUGAAUGUAGGUUAAAAAAGAGCUAUUCUGAAAUAAAAAAUGGUCCUUAUUUAGAUAAGAAAAAAGAUGAAAGAGAUAUAUUUAGUGAUAUUGAUCCCAAAAAUUAUAUAUCUAAUAACUUACACUCUCAAGAUUUAUUAUCAAAUAAUAAAAACUAUGAAAAUCAUAAAAAUAGUUAUAUAGAAAACUAUAAUAAGUUUAAUAAAGAAAUAGUAAGUUAUUCAAAUACAUUAUUAGAUAAUGACUCUAAUAUUAAUGAAAUUAUUCUAAUGGAUUUAAAAGUAAAGAUUAUAAAUAAUAUGAAAAAUAAUUAUUACGAUUCAAAGAAUGAAGAAAAACUUGAGAAAAUACAAGAGGAAAAUAUUACAGAUAAAAAAUAUGAUGAAAGUAGAAUGAAUAAUAAAUUUUCUUUUAAUAUUAAUAAUGAAUAUUAUUCCUUUGAUUACAGUUUAUAUGAAAAUCAAUAUACUCAUUACUGUAAAUCUUAUAAUCAUAGUUUUUCAAGUGGAAAUUACAGUUGUAAAGAUAUAAAAAGUAAACAAAAAAAUAAUAUUUAUAGAAGUUAUAUAUCAAAUAAUGAAGUAUAUAAUAAUAACGAAAGUUCUUUUUAUAGAAUUAAUGAAUAUUUUCCUAAUUAUUUUUAUAGUUCUAUUGAAAUGAUAUAUAUUAAUAUAAUAUUGAUUUUUAUUUAUCUUUAUUGUUUUUUCAUUAUAACAGUUCAUGGAGGUUUAAAUAACGAUUUUCCAUUAUAUUUUUAUUUUUUAAAUAAAAAAAAAAAAAAGGAAAAAAAAACAAAGCAUAAAGAAAAAAAAAAUAAUUCUUCAGAACAAAAUGAUAAAAACUUUAAAAUGUACACAAAAAAAAAAAGUGAUGAAAAAAAAUACAAGUCCAACUUUUUAUUUAAAUCAAAACAUAUUUUUAAAAGUUGGAAACAGAAAAGAAAGUUAAAUAAAAAAAAUAUAAAAAUUAGUUUAAAUAAAAAAGAAUAUUAUGAUUCUAAUGAUAAUAGAAAAAAGGAUUAUAAUGAAAAUGAUGAUUCAUUAUUUAAUGAAAAAAAAAAUGAAAAUAAUAAAAUAGUAAGGAAUUAUUCUCUUGUAAAAGAUGAAUUAAGCAACAUAAGCAUAGAUGAUAAUAAAAAUUUAAUCAAUUAUAACUUAGUUAAAGAAAAAGAAUUAAUAAAUGAAAACGAUAAUGAAAAAAUAAAUAUAAGGAAUAAAAAUUUUUUUCAAAAAGAAAAUAGUGUAUAUAAAAAUAACAUUAUUUAUAAUAAUAGAAAAAAUGAUAAUUAUAGUUCUAUUUAUACAUUUAACAAAAAAUGUUAUUCUACUGAAUUACGUAAUUCGUAUGAUAAAAAUAUUGUACUAAAUAAAGAUAAAUUUUUAGACCAUAAAUUAGUAUUACAAAAAAACAAUUCAAUGGACACAUUACAGAAUAACUAUAAGCAGGAUAUAGAGAUAAAUAAUAAUUGUUCAAAUGAUAGUAACUUCAUUAACAAAGAUGAAGAAGAAAUUAAUUCAAGUAAAUUUAUAUAUAUGAAAAAAAAGCAAUAUUCUAAUGAAAAUGAUGAAAAAAAAAAAAAACAUUUUAAAUUUUUAGAAAAAUUAAAAGAUAUUAAAGAAGAAAAAAUUACUAAAAUAAAAAAUAUUUAUAACUCGGAGAAAAAAAAUAAACGUUUUAAAAAAGGAUUUAAUCUUUUAAAAAAAAGAAUUAGCAAUGAUAGCAUUUUUGAAAAUUUUAAUAAAUCUAAAGACACUCUAGAUGAAAAUGAAGAUGAAGAUGAAGAUGUAAAUGAAAAUGUAAAUGAAAAUGAAAAUGUAAAAAAAGAUGUAAUGAUAAAAGAAAAAAUCAAUGAUAAAUAUAUAAAAAAAAAUGAUAAAAUAUAUGAUAAUUCAGUUAAUACAAUAAAUGUAAAUGAUAAAAAUAAUCAAAUGAACAUUAGACAAAAAAUUAUUGAUAUAAAUAAAAAUAUCCAGAAUGGCAUUGAGAGUAUAUGGUCAUUAAAAAAUGAUUAUAAUAAAAAUAAUACAAAUCAUAUAAAAAAUGAAAAUUUUUUAAAAGAUAAUUAUAAUUGUUCUAAUUAUAUUUCUAGAACUUCUACUUACAAAGAGGGAAAUGUUGAAAUUACAAAAAGUAAUGAAAUUAAUUUAAAUGGAAAUAAUUCUAAAAAUUCUGAAAUGGGAUACAUAUAUUCUAAUAUGAAUAGUGAUGUAUCAUUGAUUAACGAUAAAAAAUUGAAUAAUGCAUCUUUUAGUUCUAAAAGAAAGAAAAUAAAAAAUAAAAUUAUUUCUUAUAUGAAAAAUAAAUCUAAUAAAGAUCAGAAAAAUAAAAGUUGUGAAACACUUCUUAAUUCAAACUCUUUAAGUAGUUUAUUAAAAGGAAAAAUUCACUUAAAAAAUGAUAAAGAAAUAAUUAAUUUAAAAGAGGAUAAUGAAGUAUGUAAUUUAAAAGAUAACAAAAAAGCUGUUAAUUUAGAAGAAGAUAAAGUAAUAACAUAUGUAAAAGAUACUAAUGAAAUUAUUAAUAUAAAUUGUGAUAAUGAAAUAAUUAGUAUACAAAAUAAUAAUAAAGUAGUGAGUUCUAAAAAUGAUAAUAAACUUAAUUUUUUAAAAAAUGAUGAUGAAUUAAUUAAUGUAAAAAACAAGGACGAUAUAAUUAAUUUAAGAAUUAAUAAAAUAAAUAGUUUAAAAAAAUAUAAUGAAGUUUUAAAUUUAAAAGAUGAUAAAAAAAUAAUCAAUUUAUUAACUUAUAAAAGGAGAAAUUAUACUAUAAGUUCUAAUAUGCCUUAUGAAAUUAAGAAUACCAUAAUUAGAAGAAAUUAUAUUUAUCAUAAAUGUUAUAAGGGUUAUUUUAGUGAAUAUGAUGAAAAUAGAAUAAUCAAAAAUAAAGGGGAUAACAAAUAUAUCUAUUCAAAAAUGAUUCAUAAGAGUUUAGAAAUGGUGAAACAUAAAUGUAUUGAAGGAGAAGAUAAGCAUAAAAGUAAAAUAAAUGACAUUCGUGCUAUAAAAAAUAGAAAUGAAUAUAAAUAUGAAGUAUUUAAUAAAUAUAUCACUUCAAGAAAAAAUUCAAAAGAAAAUUAUAAAAUAAACUUGGAAGAAAAAAAUGGAACAGAAAAAAACUAUAUAUCAAAAAAAAAAAAAAAAAUAUUCCUUCAUAUGAAGGAAACAUUUAUGAAACUUAAAAAUAAGAAUAAAAAAAAUUUGUUCAAAGAGAAAGCAGAUAAAAUAUCUCAUAAACAAAAUUCUAUUAUUAAUAAUGAUUAUGAAGAAAAAAAAAGAAAUACUGCAAACAGAUAUAAUUUAUUUUUAAAUGAUUUUAUAGAUGAAAAAUCUAUAAAUAGAUUUAAAAAAAGAAUGUUAUUUAUGAGUGCGUUAGAAAAAAAUAACACUGAUAAGUUAUAUUAUUCUUUAGAUGAAUAUGAUUAUUGUAAUAAUAAUUUAAAAUGUAAAAUCAGUACAGAAAAAAAAAAGGAAUAUGAUAUCCAUGAUGAACAUUUUGAUAACGUAAAUAAUAAAUUAAAUAAAAAAAAUAUUACAAAAAAUAUAUAUGAAUUAAACAAUAAUAUGUAUAAAAAUAAAGAAUUUUAUGAUGAGGUUGAUAAAAAAAAUAUAUCUAGUUUAUUUAAAAUAAAUGAAGAUAUAAAUAAUUUAAAUAAAUCACAAAUUUUAAAGAAUUAUAAGAGUAAUAAAAUUUUAAAUAGUAAUAGCAAUAAUAAUUUUAAAAAUGAGUUAAUGAAAAAUUUGAGUCAAAAUGUCUUUAAAAAAAAGAAAAAAAGAGAAAAACACAUUAUAACUACAAUGGUAAAUAACUUUUAUAAAUUUUUAUUAAACAAAAAAAAAGACUAUAAAUGUUUGAAGAAAAAAAAUAUCUUUAAUAAAAUUUAUUAUAAUUUAUUGAUAGCUAUAAUUGAUUAUCUCUUAAUUAUAAUUAUAGCAUACAAAUAUGUUAACAACAUAUAUAAUAUAUUUAUAUAUUCUAAACAUCUUCAUUUAAAAACUAAGAAAAAAGAAAAUAAAAGAAAUUUAGAUUUUAAUCAUAUUGUCCGCAUAAUAUAUCAUAAAAAUGUCUUUUUAUCUAACUCAUAUACUUUAAAUAUAUAUAAGCAUAAAAAUAUAUAUUUAAAAAAAAAUAUAUUUAAACAAAUAUUUGUUCAAAAUAAAAAGCAAAAUAUAAAAAUCAAUGAAAAAUAUGAUGAAGAAGAAGUUUCAUCAGGUAGUAAACAAAAUGAACAAGCAGAAAUAAAAAGUAGUUUUGUUCCAAAUAAAUAUUAUGAAGAAAUAAAAAAUAGAAAAAAUAUUUUGAGUUUAUAUAAAAGUGCAAAAAGUAACAUUAAAAUUUUUAUGUCCAAACAUAUGUUUCUUAAUCAUUAUUUAGAAAAAUUUCUAAAUCUUUUUAAUCAUAAAAAUUUCAAUUUGACAAAGAUUGUAAUUGUAUUAUUAGGAUAUUUUUCUCUUCUAUUAUUUCCUAUAAAAUUUCACCAUUUGGUUAUUUUGAAAAUAUUACAUAUGUAUUAUAAGGGAUUCUUAAGAAGAUAUCAUAAAAACAUUAUAUUAAAUAGUAUCUUAGAAAAAAUAAAAAACAUCAAAACAUUUUUAAAAUUGAAUAAACCAAUUUGCUCUUUAAGUGAAGAAGAAUACUAUGCUUUGAUUGAGGAAAUUAACAAAACAUGUAACCAAUGUUUAAAUAUAUCGCAAUUUAAGGAUAUUAAUGAUGAAUAUGAUUUAGCAUAUAUAAUUAUGAAGAAUUUUAGAGAAUUUUCAGAGAUUAAAAAAAUAAUUAGGCAUGAAUGGAACUUUAACCUAUUAAAUAAUUCACCACAUGAUAAUACAAAUAUUUUUUAA